AUGAUGCGGCAAAGCUUGCAAACGACCCUCAAACGAUACCCCGUUCUUCAUCAAAUACGGCACUCGGCAACCACUUCUACUACUACUACUGCUAUUGCACCCAAACAAUCCUUAAGGCGACAAGCAUGGAACACUGUCAAAGCACGUCCCAUUGAAUAUGCGUCCAUACCUUGUGUGGCGGCCUUUGUCGGAAUCACAACCAAUUGGAUGGGAGUCAAAAUGCUCUUUUACCCCAUAAACUAUUUUGGUAUCGACUAUCACCGAUGGCCCAACACACCCUAUGGAUUAUUUGGAUGGCAGGGAGUCGUCCCCACCAAAACGGCCACCAUGGCCCAACGACUCGUCGAUAUCGUUACCUCCAAAUUGCUAUCUUUGGAAGAAGCCUUUGGACGAUUGGAUCCCAAUGAACUUUCGAGACUCCUGUUGCCCGCCGUGGAAGAAAGCGUCCGGAAGGAUUGUGGCCAAGCCUGGGCGACCGUACUGAAACCUGUCUUGCCUUUGUUGUUGCCAAUUUUAUUGAAGGAGUUAAAUGUGGAAAUUGAUCAAAUUUUGAAUUUGAACAAUGUCGUACUCGCUGCCUUUGUGCGGGACAAGGAAGUUUUAGUGGAUUUGUUCCAAAAGGUCGGCCGUGUCGAGCUGGAGUUUUUGGUCAAUUCGGGAUUUGGAUUUGGCUUUGUCUUGGGACUCGCCCAAAUGGGUGCCUGGGCGGUCAAACCUGCCUUUUGGACCUUGCCCGUCGCCGGUGCCUUGGUCGGCUACGUUACCAAUUGGAUUGCCAUCAAAUUGCUCUUUGAACCAGCCGAACCAGUCAGUAUCGGGGGUCUCUUUAUCCUCCAGGGCUUGUUUGAAAGUCGGCAGGUGGAAGUCUCGGACGAGUUUGGGAAUUUCAUGAACCGGCGGGUACUGAACUCGCAAAGCUUGCUGCGCGAUCUGGCAGAAGGUGAGGGAGAAGGAGAUUUGUUCAAAUUCAUGAGGCGACACCUGCCAUAUCCAAUCCCGGAACACAUUUUGUUGGCAGCCGUGGCAGCGAUUGAUGACAUUGCCAAGAAUCCUAAAAAGUAUCCAGAAGUACAUGCUUAUGUUACGCAACAAUUGGACAUUGAAAGGACCCUGGCAAGGCGGUUAAAGAAACUAUCUCCAACUGAAUUUGAGGAUUUGCUUCAUCCCGUCUUUCAAGAAGACGAAGCUAUUUUGAUUGCCACGGGUGGAGUGCUUGGGUUGGUCGCAGGUGCCUUGCAAACCAGACUGGGAUGGGGUGGAGCAGGAGCCGCGAAGAAAGCGCUGGCAACAAUUGUGUUUACGUUAGCAUCGUCUUUGGGAUUUUACGCCCAUCAAAAGUACGAAGAAGUCACAGACGAGCCUCUGGUAUCGACGGAACGACCGCACUUGCAUCGCCAUGAAUCGAUUAUCCGAACCACCUUUGAUGUUCCAUUUGAACUUCCGCCCCACCUUUGA